AUGUCCCACCUCGAAGUUCUCAAGAAGCCCGUCGUGUUCUCCAACGGCGUCUCUGCGCCCAAUGCCACCCUCAAGAGUGCCAUGACCGAGCGUCUGUGCACGUGGUCCGAUGACGACUUCAAGAAGCGCGGCUGGCCUACGCCUGAGUACAUCCAGCUGUACAAGACGUGGGGCGAGGGCGAGAUCGGCACGAUCGUCCUCGGCAACAUCCCCUGCGAUGCACGAUACCCCGAAGCCAAGAAGAAUGCCUGCAUCGACCCCGAGAUCGCCUCGCACGACGAGUACGUCAAGGCGUACAAGCCUGUCAUCGAUGCUGCUAAGGCGCACGGCUCGCUCGUCAUCGCUCAGGUGACCCACGCCGGCCGACAGACCUCGGAGGAAGUCACUCCCACGCCCGUCUCGUCGUCCGAUGUGCAGUGCCCUCCCGGCAUGGGCAUGACGUUCGGCAAGCCUCGUCCUUUGACUGUCGACGAGAUUCACGACAUUGCGCGCCGCUUCGGGUUCGCUGCCAAGGUGCUCUACGAGGCCAAGUGCAACGGUAUCGAGCUGCAUGCCGCGCACGGCUACCUACUCUCCCAAUUCCUCUCGCCACGUGUCAACAAGCGAACUGACCAGUACGGCGGUGACCUCGACGGUCGCUCGCGUAUCGUCUUCGAGAUCAUUGAGAGCAUCCGCAAGGCCGUCCCUGACCCCAAGUUCAUCGUCUCGAUCAAGAUCAACUCGGCCGACUUUGCCGAUGGCGGCUUCGACAGCGAAGAAUCAUUCAUCAUGUCCAAGCGUCUCGAAGCUGCAGGCGUCGACCUGAUCGAGCUGUCCGGUGGCACCUACGAAAGCAGCGGCUUCGAGCACAAGAAGCAGUCGACCGUUGCGCGCGAGUCGUUCUUCAUCGAGUUUGCCGAACGCAUCCGUCCCCACUUGACCACCGCCAAGCUCGCCGUCACCGGUGGCUUCCGCUCGUCCAAGGCGAUGGCCAAGGCGAUCGAGGAGAAGUCAUGUGACAUUGUCGGUCUCGCUCGCCCACUUUGCGGUGAGCCGUACCUGUGCAGAGACUUGCUGAGCGGCAAGCUGGAGAAGGCCAAGGAGUUCCACCCGGACUUGCCCCAGCAGAUCCAGAUUGGUGCUUGCGUCGUUCAGCUCAACCAGAUCGGCCAUGGCGCCACUCCCUGCGACACUUCCACCGCCGAAGGAGCCAAGUUUGCCACAGAUGCCGUAAUGAACCGCCAGGAGCCUGAGCAUGGUGGCGAGAAGGACCAGCAGAAGUAG